ACAAACCCAAACCCCGUGGACCUUUACCGUUCACAGCACCGUUAGGACCUGUGGUAGGAGAUCGGGCGUUCAACUUUUCACUCCCGAAGACUCCGUCCCGUUUGGUUCGGUAACCAUGGCUGAGGAGACCAGCUCGUUUCGUGACAGGUUCCGAGGAAUACCUAAGUCCAUUGCCUUCAUCUGGACCUUCGAGUUCAUGGAAAGGUUCUCCUACUAUGGAAACCAAGCCGUCCUGACAUUGUUCCUUCUGGAAUUCCUCUCCUUUGAUGAUGACACCACCACUGCCAUCUUCCAUGCCUUCAAGUUUGCCACUUACUUCACGCCCAUCCUUGGUGCCAUGUUAGCUGAUAGCUGGCAAGGAAAGUAUCGCACGAUUAUUGGCCUGUCGAUUUUGUACUGUCUGGGUCACGUGAUGUUCACCAUGUCUGGGCUGAUCGGCAGCGCCCCCUAUCCCAUCCCAGGGGGAAGUGCACAGGCGAGAGUACCGGUAGCGAUGAUAGGACUGGCGCUGUUGUCCAUGGGUAUCGGAGGGCGGAAACCCUGUGUGUCGUCAUUUGGUGGGGACCAGUUCAAAGACGGACAGGAGAAGCAGCUUGGUGUUUUCUUCUCCCUGUUCUACCUGGCCAUCAAUAUUGGCGCGUUCCUGUCUCAGCUGAUCACCCCCGUUCUCAGAAAUGAUGUUCAGUGUUUUGGACAAGACUGCUUUGCACUGGCAUUUGGUGUGCCUACCAUAGUUAUGGCACUUGGAACAGUCCUAUUUGUUCUGGGAACGUUCACCUACAAGAAGAGGCCAGCAGCAGGAAACCUGUUGGUUCUGGUGUCUAAGGCUAUGGGUAAUGCUGUCAAAAACCGCUGCAGUCGUAGCAAGGGUGAGUCACGUGAUCACUGGAUGGACUAUUGUGACACCAACAUCUACUCUCCACGUCUGGUCCGUGACAUCAAACUGGUCCUCCAUGUGAUGAUCAUGUUCCUGCCUCUGCCCAUCUACUGGACACUUUUCAGUCAACAGGGUUCCAGGUGGACAUUGCAGGCAUACAGAAUGGAUGGAGACACGGGAGCAUUAGGAACAAUCAAGCCAGACCAAAUACAGUCUCUGAAUCCACUGUUGAUCAUCGUCCUCAUCCCCAUCUUCCAAGGCGCCAUCUAUCCUCUCCUGGAGAAGUGCAGGAUUCUGAGAAGCCCACUACAGAGAAUGUGUACAGGGAUGGCCCUCUCAUCUGUAGCCUACAUCAUCACUGGUCUUAUUCAGCUGAAAAUACAGAGUUAUUUACCAGUCCUGCCUGCUGACAGUAUGGCAGAGCUGCGGGUAGUGAACAUGGCACCUGACUGUUCUCUAGCCCCCGUCUUUGCGCCUCCGAUUGAUGAUUUUACCACUAAGUUCAAGAGCCCCAUUCCCUAUAUGGACCAAACAGUGCUGAGAGACGUCCCAGUUGGACAACACACCAUGGGGUUCAGCUGUGUCUCUGGCCCUUCUCAAAACCUGACAGCCUACCCUGUCAAUCUAGGGAGCCAAGAGAUCUACUCAGUCAUCGUCACAGACAAGAAUUCUCAACUCUUUGCGCCACAACCGUAUACUACCCGUGGUAAGAAGCCAGAUAAGGCUGACCCUAUGAUGAGAUUGAUAUUCCUGUCAGAUCCGUCAAACCUGACUCCUGACAGAAUGGUCAAUGUGAAAAUCCAAAGCCUGGGCGUCCCAGACCAACGUCAUAUGUUCUACAACAUCACAGAGAAUGCUGCAACUGAUUAUGUGGUCAAGGAACCCGGGAAAUUUCGAGUUGAAGUGCAGUACAAUGUCAAUGGGAAUUUGCAGACAGGAGAAGUAUCAGAGACUUACAUAGCAAAGAAUGGAGGUGUAUACACUGUAGUCGUGUUUGGGAGCACUUCUGAUCAGCUCAGUUUGAAAUGGUUUGCGGAUGUUGAGCCCAACCAGUUGAACAUCCUGUGGCAAGUCCCACAGUAUGUGGUCAUCACUGUUGGGGAAGUGCUGUUCUCUAUCACAGGACUGGAGUUCUCAUAUUCACAGGCACCUAAGAGUAUGAAGGCAGUGAUGCAGGCAGCUUGGUUACUCACCAUUGCCUUUGGGAACCUCAUCACUGUGGUAGUGGCAAAGUCAAGACUCAUCCAAGAUCAGGCUGUAGAGUUCUUCAUGUUUGCAGUCCUUAUGGCUGUGAUGACUGCUAUAUUCAUCGUCAUGUCUCACUUCUACAAAUAUAACGUUAUUCCGCCGGACGAAGAAGAUGGUGAUGAAAUGACGAAGUACCGAACAGAGAGGAACUCUGCUCGUGUUUGAGGACUUGUCUUGUGGUGUUUAAGGAAAAGGCAGGCAUUCAAAUCUCCUAAGUUGAAGCUUCAUAAAAAUAUUAAUGAAAAGUCAAAAGUCAAAAAAUGUACUAGUGAACUUUAAUUCUUUUGGAACAUGCAUUCUCUGGAAUUCUUUGUAUUGCACACGUACUAGUAUAUUAUUAUUAUUAUAUACAAUACUUACACCACACUUUUCUUACUAACCAUCUUGUUUGCGAUUUUGUCAUCAACUUGCAAGAUGCAAGAUAACUCAAAUUUUUAUCGUGAUGGACCAAAAAUGUAAUAUUUGAUUCUAGUGGUGAAGAACUGUUUCAAUGAACAUGGCAGCUAUGUGUUGUUACUGAUAACUAUUUUUUUAUAAUUAUACAAUUAGUAUAACUAACUACCCAACAACUUCUUUGAGUUUAGACGUGGUACACAAAUGUAGGUACAAAAUGUUUGGUCGGAGAGACAAGAACUGACUGUUAGAUAAAGAACACAAAAAAGUAGCAUUGUUAUCUGUAGAUUAGCGCACAAUAACUGAGAUAAUAUUAAUAUCACCUGCCUUCUUUCCUAUAGUGAUUACGUAUAUUUGAGAAAUGAAGAAUGUUGUUAUUAUUGGUCCUUUUUUUCGGAUCCUCCGUUUCUUUGCUUUGUACGUUUUCUACGAUAAAGUUUCGUAUUUUCACACCAGUAUGAUUCUUUCCGUUGUUGUCUUUCCUUUUGGUUUUAGAUGC